UUAUAUAUUUAUUAGAAUCAUAAAUUUCACAUUUCAAAAACCCUACCACAACCCUCAACUCUAAACCCUAAGUCUAGAUUAGUUAACUCUAAGAGUAUAAUUGUAUUUUACCCUUCACUAAAAGUGAGGAUAAAAAUGGUUAGUGUAAACAUGAAAAGUGGUACUAUAAAUGUGGUAUUUAUGGCAAUUUGUCUUGAAUUUUGAGUAAAGUGGGAGUUAAGUUUGAUUUUCCUCGAAAGAUUCCUUAUCUUCUGAAGAAAAUCAUAAUGGUGUUCCUUUUUUUGGUCAAAUCAUAAUGUUGUUCAACUAUAGUUUUUUUUUUUUUGAAACUCUUGAUAAACUAUAGUUUCUAUACAUAGCUUUAGUAAACUUGGUUUUGUUUUUGAUAGCGUUGUUUAAUUAAAAACGAUAGUAUUAUUUAGGUUUACUAUAAAUAAAUAUAUUAACUAAAAACCAUUUUCCAUAUGCAAAGUAUCGUUAAUUUAAAUAAAAAACAAAAAAAAAAUAUAUAUAUAUAUAAUCUAAAUUUGAUAAUUCUUAGCUGUAAUUUGUAAUAGCUUAUAGUUUAUUGGCUUAGACUUGCAUAACCUCUCUAAAUUUGUAAAUAAAAUUUUAAAUUAAUUAGAUGCUUAAUUCAAUUUGUAUAGCUAUAUAAAUUAGGAGGGUUUGGGUAAGUGGUAACUCAUUCACUGGAAACAUGUGAAGAGAGAAGGAUGUCAAGUAGAUGCACACUUGUAUUGUAUAGUAACCAACGGCUUCUCACCAACCUUCAUUAAUACUUUGGUCAACCCUUAAUAUUCAAUGGUUAGUCACCCUCCAUUUUUUCAAAACAAUUAGGGUUAGUAGUCAUCAAUCCCCAAACGUAGCGUUUACUUACACUAUUACCUUUACUUGAAUAGACGAAAAAUCAAAUUCCUUUAGAAAAGCGAGGCAUCCCAAAGGAGGGAACACCACUACAUGUAUAAGUUGUUUGAUAACAACAAAAAAAUCAAACAAUUUUACACUGUCUAUAAACUACAAAGUGUAUAGCCUAUAGAGUUCAAAAAAACUUGCAUGCUUUAGAAAUAACUGCGAAUAUACUGGUUUUACUGUAUGAAACAAUUUUCCGUUGAAGUAAACCGCAAUGGCAGAGUUUUAUAGACCUUAACCAAAACUUAUUGAGAAGUAGACAUGCUUGAUUUGGGCACAUGAAAGUGUUCUAUAUAUCACUCGAACGAGAUAUUCAAACAGCUCCUUAAUUUGAUUUAGAGUUUGCAUGCACUAUCGAUCGUCAAAAAUAUAUAUUAGAGUUUAUAUGUAUGUAAAUAGUAAAUAAUUAAAUACACAUUGUUAUCUAUAUAUAUAUACGUAUUCAAUUUUUGUGUGGACUCCUACGAGUGUGAUAUUUUGCUAUUUACUAUUCAUAGAUCCAUUCACGUAAUAAUGUCGAUGAAACUAGAAGAAACCAAGAAGAAAGCAUUAAUGAAACUCUUUGCCACUUAUAAAUAUGCUUCUCUCAUAGUACCAUAUUAUUCUCUAACACCCCUCUUCCUUCUUAGUUUCUCUCUAUCUCUCUCUCUUCCAUAUUGGUUCCUGAGAGACAGAUCUCUGAAAAUAAGGAGGCCAAGCUACUAAAAAUGGGAUUAUAUUCACUAAUCACAGGGAGAAGAGGACCAAGUGGGUUUGGUUCAGCUACAUCAGCUGAAGAGGUUACCCAAAGGAUUGAUGCAACUCAUCUCACUGCAAUUAUCACAGGAGGGGCAGGAGGGAUAGGAAUGGAGACAGCGAGGGUAAUGGCCAAGAGAGGUGUUCAUGCGGUAAUUGGUGCCCGAAACAUAGGAGCUGCAGAAAAUGCCAAAGCCGAGAUUCUCAGACAAAACACAAACGCACGUGUCACCCUCCUCCACUUAGAUCUCUCUUCGGUCAAAUCCAUCAGAGCCUUUGUUCGUGACUUCCAUGCCCUCCAUCUUCCUCUCAAUCUCCUCAUAAACAACGCAGGAGUAAUGUUCUGUCCAUACCAACUCUCUGAAGAUGAAAUCGAAUUGCAGUUUGCUACAAAUCACAUUGGCCAUUUUCUGUUGACAAACUUGCUCCUAGACACAAUGAAGACCACAGCUAAAACCAGUGGUGUCGAAGGAAGAAUUUUGAAUUUAUCAUCUAUAGCUCAUAUCUAUACUUAUAAAGAAGGAAUCAAGUUCGACAGCAUCAAUGACAUAUGCUGUUACUCGGAUAAAAGAGCUUACGGACAAUCAAAACUAGCCAAUAUAUUGCACGCUAACGAGCUCUCCCGUCAACUUCAGGAAGAGGGAGUGAACAUAACAGUGAACUCAGUGCACCCUGGUCUCAUCCUCACCAAUCUCUUCCAACACACAGCUCUUUUAAUGAGUAAAUUUUCUCUCUGUUUUCCUCGUAUUAUUUCCUUUAAAUUUUCACUAUUGUUUGCUUUAAUCCCCAUUUUCACAGGGUUCUUGAAGUUCUUCAGUUUUUACUUGUGGAAAAAUAUACCUCAGGGAGCAGCUACAACAUGUUAUGUUGCUCUGCAUCCAACGCUGAAGGGAGUAACGGGAAAGUACUUUGCAGAUUGCAAUGAAGUUACUCCAAGCAAACUUGCUAGAGAUGAGACUUUGGCACGAAAACUAUGGGAUUUUAGUGUUAAGCUCAUCAACUCUGUUUCUAAAAAAAACUACCUGGGUUUCGAGGACACCAUUUAAUGAGAUAAUAAGAAUCUCUUUUAAUAAGAAUCUCUUGUUGUCACUUUAAGAGUAAAAGUUAAAAGAAUGAGUGAGAUUUGGAUGUGAUGUACCUUGUUUCGAUGGUAAUAUAGUGUUUAACCAAAAUUUAUCACUAUCUCACAGUUUUAGCUUUAUCUUCUUCCGAUAGAAUUGGAUCCACUUUUUAAUCAUUUCAGUAUCAUUGAGUUUUGCGUC